AGAAAGACACGGGAGGGCACCGAAAGUGGGAGGGCAGACAAUCCUUGUUCAAAAUGCUAACCAAACAAAAAACCGAACUGGAAGAAAUAGUAAUUUUGGUUCUGUUUUCGAUUUCGGCAAAAACCCGAACCGAACCCACUGGGAUCUGCCUUUCGGCCCUUUUCUCAAUCUCUUGUGUCUUAUUUUGAUAAUUAAAUCAGCGAUGCACGAGCAAGUUUAGACAUUUGUCUCAGAUGCGUUGUUUUAAUUUUUGCUUACCGAGUACGAUUAAUUUUUAAUUAUUGUUGUGAUCAUGCUUGGGAUUAAGAAAUAUAUCCACGGUACGGCUGAAGUUAAAAACUUUUAUAUUUGUGUUUGGAUUCGUUGAUGCCUUGUUUCCUGUAAACUGGAGCAUGUAAGAUCUUCGAUCAUACCUUUUUUCUCAUAGUUAUUUUAGAUAAACCACAAUAGCCGAUGACUUCUCCUACUCUUGACUCACCCUGUCCGUCCUCAACUAGCGAAACCUUUUCUGGAUCUUUCAAUAUAAGUAUAGAGGAAGAGAACCCAGACGACAUUUUCCCUGUUCUGGAAGACCCAAGCUCUUCUAUGUCCUGUAGCCAUAAUAUCCCAAAACCACCUCCUGUCCCUAGUAAAGCAUAUACACAAAAUAAACACUUCAAAAGGCUUUCACAGCGUUGCUAUGUCCCAAAUGAAACACUGGAUACAUGGGACAAGCUUUUUAAAGAAGCAUAUGGUGCUGAUGUCUAUAUUUGCACCGAGGACGGAUCGUGUAUUCCAGUCCAUUCUAGUGUUCUGACUGUUGCGUCACCGGUGCUCGGUAAAUUUCUGCAGCAAUCAAAAGCUAAAUAUGGUAUGAGGUACAUUAAGAUUCCUGGGGUACCGUAUGAAGCAGUCUACACAUUCAUUCGUUUUCUUUACUCAUCCUGCUCUGAAAAGGAAGAGAUGAAGAAAUUUGUUCUCCAUCUGUUGGUUUUGUCACACUCCUACUCAGUUCCAUCAUUGAAAAGAGUUUGCGUAUAUAUUCUUGAGCAGGGAUGGAUUACUAAAGAAAAUGUUGUCGAUGUGCUUCAAUUGGCGAGGAACUGUGAUGCACCGCGGCUAUCCUUAAUUUGUGUACGCAUGAUUGUGAAGGACUUUAAAGCCAUAUCAUCAACCGACGGCUGGAAAGUGAUGAAGCGAGUUAAUCCUGCACUUGAACAAGAGCUGCUAGAGUUCGUUGUUGAAGCAGAUUCUAGGAAAGAAGAGCGGUUGAAGAAAAAGGAAGAGAAAAAAGUGUACUUGCAAUUGUAUGAGGCAAUGGAAGCCCUCCUUCACAUAUGCAGGGAUGGAUGUAGGACUAUAGGUCCCCGGGACAAGGUGUUUAAAGGAAGCCAAGUGGCCUGUGGCUUUCCUGCUUGCAAGGGGCUUGAGACCUUAGUGCGUCAUUUCUCCAGCUGUAAAACCCGGGUUCCUGGUGGAUGUGGUCACUGCAAACGCAUGUGGCAGCUUCUUGAACUGCAUUCUCGUAUUUGCAACGACCUGGAAUCAUGCAAGGUCCCUUUGUGUAGGCAUUUGAAGGAAAAAAUGCAGCAGCAGACCAAGAAAGACGAGGCUAAAUGGCCGCUGUUGGUGAGUAAAGUGGUUGCAGCAAAGGAUACCCUGGGACCUAUCUCAGGUCGGCGCUCACGUUUUUCAUAACCUCUUGUUUCAAAAGCUAAAUGUAUCAAAAACGACCCAUCCUCAUUCACUAAAGCAGUGUAUCAAGAAUGUAAAUCAAGAGAAAUGUACUAAGAAUCUUCUCUCUUUUGUGGUCGAAUAAAUGUAAUAAACAUCCGACGCUGUUAGUCAA